AGCAGUACAAGUUCUAAUUAUACCAAAAUCUGCUAAAAUAAUGUCUCAUCAACUUAGACACAUCUUGCAUGAAAUCACUAGAGUUGCACAAUCUCAUUCUAUUUGUGUCAUACCCAAUAUUCCUUCUCUUUCUCAAGAUCUUAUUGAACGAAUCUUUCCUAAUUCUUCAUAUCACGAUCAACUGUGA